UCGGACAUCACUCCAGACUAGGGGUCGAGCGUAGUGAGCAUGUAUUUAAUAACACAUCCCCAGUGUGCAUCCUGAGCCGCUCUGUUGCACACAGUCAGUGUGGCGUGUCGAUGUUUUAUCGUUGUCUUUUACUUUCACAUUAAGGUAAUGUCGCGAAUUAAAGAAACAGCCUCCCGUCGGGUUUGAUGUCUCUGCGACUGCAGCCUUGAGAGAGUGGUGAAGAUGCUCUGUGGGGUUUAAUAGAGAGCAGCAUGGACGAGGCUGCCAGCCAGCUGGAGAGAGACCAUGUUCACAGCGUGUACGAGAAGAUCGCACCCUACUUCAACGACAGCCGCUACAAAGCUUGGCCCAAGGUCAAACAAUUCCUGCUAGAGCAGGAGCCCGGCAGCAUCGUGGCUGAUGUCGGAUGUGGCAAUGGCAAAUAUCUGCAUAUCAAUGAGGAUAUCUUUAAGUUGGGAUGUGACGUUUGUAGGCCGUUGGUGGACUCUGCGUGGAGUCGAGGUCAUGAGGUGCAGCUUUGCGAUGGCCUGCGUUUACCCUACAGAGACGGCUGUUUUGAUGCAGUGCUCUCCAUUGCAGUCAUCCACCACAUGUCCACCAAAGAACGGCGUAUCCGAGCAAUAAAAGAGAUGGCGCGCACCCUGCGUGUGGGAGGGCGGAUCAUGAUUUACGUCUGGGCCAUGGAGCAGAAGAGGCGCAAGUUUGAGAAGCAGGACAUCUUCAUUCCCUGGAACCCCAAUCCGCCUUUAUCUUCCGCCCUCAGACAGCGAGGCAAUGGAACCCAAAGCGUCAGCGACGACUCCGCUUCCAGCGACAAGCACAGGAAAGUGAGAAGCACAUCCUCCAUGGUGGACGAAGGCGACUUGAUCAGCCCCGGCCAGCAGAAACAACAGAGGCUUUGGUUCUUCUCCAGAUCUUUGGAUUCAGUGCUGGACUUCACCAGCCUGACCGUGUCCCGCUCCUCUUCCAGCACUUUACAAACCCCUGUCGAUGAAGCGUCGGAAAGCAGAAGCCGGCGAACUAGCAGUAGAGGUCUCAUCAGGCAGAUGUCCAGCCUCUUUUCAUCCUCUUCCAGAACCAGUCUAGAAGAAGACGUCUUCAUCUCAGAUCCCAACGAACAGGUCCAUAAAAACGACAACAGAAGUUCUGGGAAUGGAAAUGAGACUGUUCCUUUGGAGCUCGUCCAUGAUUGUUCCUCAGUACCACUGCCUGACUUGGUGUCCUACCAGAGGGAUCAGUCAACUCUUGAAGGACACGUGGAGGUAGAUGGUAAAUCGAGCCAACAAGAGCCCUUGCGGAGGCAGGAAAGCACAGCGUCUCUUCUGGAAAGCGAUGGGAUGAGUGGACAAAGCAGUGAACAGCUGAAGGACUCUUGUCUGAGAUACUACCACGUAUUCAGGGAAGGAGAACUGACACAGUUGAUCCAAAACCAUGUUGAUGAGCUCCAUGUUCUGCACACUUACUUGGACCAUGCCAAUUGGUGCGUAGUGGCUGAGAAGGUCCAAGUCUGGAAGGUUUAAAUCUCAUUUUAAAUAUUUUAAUUCAUCAUUUCCGUUUGGAGGUCUUUAAAAGUUUUUUUAAGUAUUGGGACCAGAGAGCUAAUAUUUAGCUAACAUUAGCUGAUCAGUAUCAAUGGCAAUAACAAGCAAGGUAUUGAUGCUUUGACGAGACCAGUGUUGGUCCAAGUCGUAACCCUAAAGCUAGUCGUACUUUGAAGUUUGCUAUUCUAAAUUUAGCUUUAGUCUCCAUUCUUCGUGAUGUCUUAAGUUUUGAGUUGAAAAUAAUCAACUUCACUUGCACUGAUUUUAAUGGUGUAUCACUGUUAACUGUCUUAAGCAAUGCCUGCCUGAAAAAGAAAGCAUAGCACAUCAUUUUUCUGAACCAAACGAUGUGAGCACAUAACUGGCGUUUUCUUUUUGAACGCUCUUCAGGAGUUUGUCGGUGUAGGUGUUGUGUUGUGUGGUUAGUAUUAGCUGUUGUGUUGUGCUCUGAAGCUUUUAAACAAGAUUUUAACUAAUCGACAGCUUGUUAAUUGAUUGCACAUGAUGAAUUUCCAUCUUGAAAACUUGAACAACUUGUUUGUGCUGGUGUUGUAAAUUGUGUAUGUUUGUAUUGGUGUAACUUGACCAUGUCAAAAUGUCACAACAAAGGUCUUUAAUUUUCCUUUAAACUUGAACCAUUUUUAUGUGUAUUUUUGACUUAAAUAUAAUAAAAGCAGUAUAUUUAGUUUUAUCUGA